AUGGACAAUAAAACACCAUCCGAUAUACCGUCCCCAUUUGAUAAGAUUUUCGAGCACUACCACACCUUCAAUGCAGUGCAGUCCUCGCUGCUCGACAUAUUGCUACAUACCAACAAAUCUGUGGUGCUUAGUGCACCAACUGGCUCUGGCAAAACUGUGGCCUUUGAAUUGGCAAUUGUGCGUAUGUUACUCGACCACCAACAGUCUGACACAAUCAACUCCAGUCAGACAGUGUACACUACCGUAGCAACAAAGGCAAUUUAUGUAGCACCGAUUAAGGCACUUUGUGCCGAACGAUUUGACGAUUGGAAGGCGCGUUUUGAGGUUGUCGGUGUAAAGUGUUUACUCAUCACUGGUGAUAGUGAACUGGAUGAGCUAGCACGAUUGCGCGAUGCUCAAGUGAUUAUAACGACACCAGAAAAAUGGGAUUCAUUGACACGUCACUGGCGUGACUGCCGGGACGCCAUCAGUUCAGUGCGACUCUUUCUUAUUGAUGAAGUGCACUUGUUGAACGAAGAUAUACGCGGCCCUGUGCUAGAAGCGAUAGUCUCACGUAUGCAUACCAUUGCUCGUGAUACAAUGAUCGAGCCUCUGCGGUACGUGCUCGCUUCAGCCACUAUACCAAAUGUGCAGGACAUAACGCGUUGGAUUGCUCGCGUCGGACCUGAUCGAAAUGGGGCAAAUAAUUUAUCAUCUAUUCUUGAAAACGUCACACAUUUCGUUUUUUCAGACGCCGAUCGUCCUGUACCGUUAGAAAAGUAUGUGCUAGGUUUCAAUUCAUGUUUGCGAGGAUUUAAAUUUGAUAUGAGCCUCAAUUACAAAUUAAUGGGCAUUUUGAGGAAAUAUUCUGAGUGUAAAGCUACUUUGAUUUCACGAAAAUCGGAUUACGAUGGAUUCAGCAUUUUCUGUAAUAGUCGAAAGUCUGCUGAAAUGGCAGCAACAGCCUUAGAAACGAAUAUUACUACACAUUUCGCACUUAGUGACCAACAGAAGGCAAAUCUAACACAACUAUCACAGAG